GAGCUGUCUGCCCUGAUCGCCUCCACGGUGGCCGCCGCCCUCGCCCCCGUCACGGAGCGGCUCGGCGUUCUGGAGAGAAGGCCGAUAGGCGCCGCCGCAGCCGCUGGACCUCCGCCCCCGCGGGCUGCGGGGGCCACGCCGGCCCUGGCGCCCCUGGCAGAGGCGACGGCUCCAGCGGGGGCCGCGGCGAGGCGCCUUCUCGCCGCCGCGCCGAAACGCCUGGGAGAGCUGGGGCCCAGCGCCUUUCGGCCACCGCCGCCCCCUCCGGCGCCAAUCGACGUCAACGCCGAGGACAUGAACGACACCCAGGCGCAGCUCUUGCUCCAUGCCCAGGCGCUUGUGAGACUGAUGGGGAGCCACGGCGCUGGCCCGAGCGGGGACGUGGCGGGCCCCCCGGGGGAAGGGGCAGGCGCCGACGUGCUGGGCGACCUGGCGCGCUUCUCGUCGAGCUCCGUCGGCGUGCGGGGCUCGGCCAACCGACUCAGGCUCCAGCGAGCGCUCGAGGCGCAGCCUGGGGCGCUGUCGCUGGCGGUGAUCCGCAACGUGGCGAGGCGCCUGGGCCCCCUUCACGCCCCAGGGGGGGUGCCCGAUGCGCUGGAGUACUGGGGGCGCUUCGGGGCCUUCGCCGACAACAUCGCAGGUCGGCCCGCGGCGUACCAGGCCACGUUGACGGCCAUCGCGCUGAAUCACCUGCUGCCCGGGGAGUACGACCAGGCCACGGACGUCGUGGCCCUGACGAUGGUCGCGCAGGAACAGGCCACGCUGGGCCACGAGCGGUGGACCACAGCCUGGCUGCUGACCUUGCAGGAGGACCCCCCGUCCGCCAUGCUCAGCCGCCGGACCGAGCAGGCCCCGCUGCGCGGCUUCUCGGCCCUUGCCGAUCCCGGGUGGACGACGGUGGCCCUAGCCUACCUGAAGGAGCUCGACGUGCUCUCCAACCACGAGCCGUCUCGCCACGGGCGCCGCCGAGCGUGCUGGCAAGGGGCGAGGGCCCGCGCUUGCAACGUCAUCGCGAUGGCCCUGAUCUUCAUGCACAGCAACAGGCCGCAGUACCCCUCCAGGCGGGACCUCGGGAGACAGUUCUCCUCCAGCCAGCGGCUUAUCGUCAAGCGGAUCGAGCUGUUCCUCAGUGCGUGGGGCCGCGCUGCUGUUUCUUCAGACCUGCAGCGUGGCCGACAGGGAUUUGCAAUUCUCGAGGAGAUCGCCCACCUGGCAGGGGCCAGCGGUGACCUCUUGCAUGGCUUGGACCCCAUACCGCCCGGUGCCGCUGCCUGCUGUGCGCGCCAGGACUUCGUGCCGCCCGAGCUGUGGCUGCCCUCCGUCGAGCCGCGCUGCCUGCGCACGUGGGCGCCUUCGCCUUCCUCGUGGUCCUGGCUUUCGGCGCAGACGGUGAAGACGGAGGCCGACUUGCAGCUGCAGCGCGCGUGGGACGCCGCGGGCCCCCUGCGCCUCGCCCGCGCGGACGCCCCCGCCCACGCGGUGAGCCAGGUCGGCAACGUCUUCAAGGACGCGGAUCGCGACAGGCAGAUCUUCGACCGGCUUGCCGCGGGCCCGCGCCUUGCCGACCUCCACGUGACGAGGGGGUCGAGCACGCCGCGGGCGUCGGCGCUGGAUCGGAAGGACUUCUACCACCAGUUCGCUGUCAGCGACGCGCGGGCGUCGACGAACGUCUGCGGCCUUGCCCGCGAUCUGCGAGCCUACGCGGACUUCCCCUCCGACCCCGCGAAGGCGCUGGAGGAGCGGGAGGAGGCCGCUGGGCGAGGCGGCGUGCCGGCGUCAGGCGGCGCACCAGGAUGCCGCCCGCGCGGCCCAGCCCCGCGCGUCCGGGGGUGCUUCGCCACUCCCCCCAUGGGCGACCAUGCAGCGGUGGACCUGGCCCAGGGCGCCCACGGCGAGCUUCUCCGUCGAGGAGGCUGCCUUGCCGACUCGGAUACGAUCCGCGGGAUGGAGCCUGUCCCCGACGGCCCCGUGGUGCAGGGGCUCUGCAUUGACGACUACUUCGUGGUGCAGCGGGCCCCCGUGCACGACGCUCGCUCCGAAGCCGGGGCGGGCGCGGCGCUGCUGGCCGCUGCCCGCCAGGCUCACGCCCGCGAGGAGCUGCCCGAGUCGACCUCGAAGGUGGUGGAUCAGGAGCUACUGGCGACGCUGGUGGGCGCCGAGCGCCGCCUCGCCCUCUCGGCGCUGAGCUUCGCAUCGGCUCGCCUGAAGGCCGCGAGCGGGCGCUUGCUGGCCACCUUGGCCUCCUCGUGGAUUGCGGUCUUCGCCUACCGGAGGCCCCUCAUGGUGGUGCUGGACCGCAUCUUCAAAGUACCAGGCGUGGCCGAGGCGGACUUCAAGACGCGGAAGGCAGAGGCCGCCGCUAAGCUGGGGGCCGUUUACGGCCUGUCGAAGCACGUGAGGGACGAGCUCGUGCUGGCCUCCGUCCUCGCUCCGAUGGCGGUCACCGACAUCUCCGGCCCCUACGGCGACAGGAUCUACGCCAUGGAUGCGUCCCCGUCGAAGGGGGCUGUGGUGAGCACUCCCGCUCCCGCCGACCUGGUCGCGCACCUCUGGGUAGCCUUGAGGGAGAUCGGCCAGCUUGACGCCAGCGCCGAGUCGGACAACUUUGAGGGGGUCCUCGACGAGCCCGGUUGCCUGGACCACCCUUCGCGGCCCUUCGCCCUGUUCUACGAGUUCCUGGAGAUCGGGGGCGGCAGGAGCGGAGUUGCCCAGGAGGCGGUCAAGCUUGGCCUGGACUGCGGGCCCGUCCUGGAUUUGAGCUACAGCGUCUGGUACGACCUCCGCGACCUGCGGCUCCUGGAGUGGAUCCUCUGGCUCAUCUGGUCGCGGCGGGUUCUCUUCGUGAUGGUCGAGCCUCCGCCGUCGAGCUUCUCCGAUGCCCGCAGGCCAGGGGAGCGGUCUGGGGCGGCGCCCGAGGGCUUCGACCGCCUCGACCCCGCGGUGCGCCUCGGCAACACCCUGGCGUUCCGCUGCCUUGCGCUGCUGCUGGCAGCGGACCUCGCGGGACUGGCGGCCCGGGAUGCGGCAGCUCGCGGCCUGGCGACGCCUGCGAGCGCGGCCGGUUUCUCGGAGAGCUGGCUCGCCUCCUGCGCCUUCGGGUCCGCCUUCAAGAAGGAGCUUGCGUUCAUAGGUCACGUCCACCCGCCCGCCAUGAAGGCGAACGCGGCGGAGCCGGCCCUCUUCCCGAGCGGCGCGGCGGCGGCUCUGGCCACUGUCGCCAGGGCGGCGGUCCGCAGGCUCCAACUCGACGACGAGGGGCAGUGCACCUCGAACCCAGGGGCCGAGCAGCUGAUGAUGAACGAGAUCCUCUUCACCAGCCGCUGGGAGGUGGGCCGCAGCUGGCGCUGGAAGCGGCCCGCUCACAUCAACCUCUUGGAGUCUGGCGUCGCGAAGAACUGGCUGGAAGGGCCGAUCACCUUCGGCCGCUCCUCAGCGGAGUCUCGGGCAGACUGGAUCGUGGGAGGCAGCUUCGCGGGUGCCCGCGGCCCCGCUCCGUUGGCGGCCCGGUGGCGCUUCGUCUUCGGGAAGGCGCCCGCGCUGCUGCAGGCGCCCCAGAGCCGCAGCCGCCUGGGCGCGGUGCGCCAUCGGCGCGGGCGCGGGGCCUUCUUCGACCAGAGCGUCUUCGGCGGCUUCCCGGGGGAGGGCUGGCGCGCGGGCCUCGUGGCGCGCGCGGUGCUGAUCUUCUGCUGGGGGCGCGGGCGCGUGAGGGGGCGGCCCAUCGGAGAGCGGACCCGCGGGCGGAGGUUCGUCUACUUGCAGUGGCUCGACAGCUGGCCCCAAGGGCGCGGCUACAACCUGGCCGACCUCCUCGAGGCGAAGGGGCCCGACGUCUACCUGAUGCACACGUUGCUGGAGGAGUGCGGCCACAUCCUCUGGCGCUCGGGGACCGCCUACUACAAGCUGUCCGAGACGAUCAACGCGGUCUCGGGGCGUGGGACGUACGUGGCCUACAGCUGGCUGGAUCAUGAGCCAGGAGGCCAGCAUGUAGCGAUGCCCGGGGCCGUGCUGAGGGCCCUCGUCGCGACCGCGCUCCUGUGGGGCUGGCCUCGCGUGGGGGCCCUGCUGGCCGCGGGCUGGCGCGGCAUGCUGAAGCCCGUGGAGUUCUUGAGUGCUGAGAGGGGCGAUCUGAUUUGCCCUGCAGACGUUCUGCAUGCUGUCGCCCACCUGCGCUGGUCCAUUCGAGAGCCAAAGACCAAGCGGCUCGGGCCCAGGGCGCAGUCGGCUCGAAUCGACGAUUUGCAA